AUGGCUGCCUAUCUGAACUCAACUGCUGCGACUGAUGGAUCUGCCAAUGAUUUCCCUCGUCUUCCGUCUACCUUGACUUCUUCUCCUACUCCUACCACUGAGGCUAUCAAGUUUGCCUCCAUACUAGCUGCUAUCGAUGCAAAUUCCCCUAACCUUCAUGCUCAACCAUCAACCUCAUCCUCAUGUGCCACUCCAAACACUCUUGAACUUCCGCGCACCAUCUCAUGGCUCAACAACCCUGUCGAAGGUCAACCUCGUUACACAUAUACUUGUUAUGAAAGUGUGGAUGCUCAUAUUAAGGAUGUUGCCGAGUACUUGAAAUCUUUCGAUGAUAUUAUGGCGAAGAAGUAG